UCUCUCUCUCUCUCUCUCUCUCCUUUUUUAAUCUUUUGGGACAGAACAGAAGUUCUCUUGUUUCAACACGGUUCACUGAUUAAAUUAAAAGAUUGCUGAUGAGUCAUGAUGCUCCUCCUAAAGGUCAAAAACUUGUACUCUUUAUUUAUUAUUGAUUUAUUUUUAAUCAAACACUCGUACCCUUUAUAAAUAGGGUCACUGCUAGGCGUGUACAAACAUUUUCCUUUUCCCCUUGUCUUGGGCCAGCAGCACAUUAGCUUUCAGCCUUCUCUUGCGGUCUGUGAUGCAGAUAGAGGUUUGUUGAAAUUCAUUCAAUGCAAAAACAGCUAUGUCACAACUCUCUGAUUUUCAAAUCCACAUUAAUGGUCAGCAAACAUUCUUUGUGAAUGAGGAGAUUUUAUCAACAUAUUCAGGAAGGUUGAAGAAGAUCAUCAAGCAGGAAAGGAGAAGGACCCAGAUCAAGAAUUCAGGGAUUGAAAUCGAUGACUUCCCUGGAGGCCCUGAUGGGUUCGAGUUAAUUUCUCGAUUCUGUUACAACAACGGAAGAAUCACAACCACAGUUUCAAAUGUGUCCCUCCUCCACUGCUGUGCAGUCUACCUUGGUAUGACUGAGAAGCUCUCAACUUGCAAUCUAUUGCUGCAAACACAAGUCUUUCUUGAUGGACUUUUUGAGUGGUCAUGGAAAGACAUACUAGUCUGCCUCAAGAGCUGCGGCUCAUUCUGCAACUACGCAGAUUCGUCUGGUCUGCUAGACAAACUCAUUUGUGCUCUGUUGGCUAAGAUCACUCAAAAUUCAGAUAUAAGCAGCCUCAUUGCCGCGUCGUCUUCUACGUCCUCUUCUCCAGAAACUGCAUCUGGGUUUAGACCCUCUUCCUCAUAUAAGAACACCCCUGAAUCAAUCAAGCCAAGCUCAUCAAGCAGAGCUUGGUGGUUUGAUGAUGUGGCCAUUUUACCACCAAAGAUCAUUGAAAAACUCUUCCAGAGUUUGGGUGCUUAUGGAGCUGAUAACAACAGCUUGAUCCUCACAAGAUUUCUCCUUCAUUACCUGAAAGUUUCAGCUCAGAGGAAAGCUAAUUAUAAUCAUACAUCAUCAGCUGCUGUGAAUUCAAAAUGUGAGUUUGGUGGUCUUGUGGACACAGCUGUUCAUGGGGUCAUUUGGGUUGGGAGAAAAACGUUUUCCUGCAGAGCGCUGUUUUGGGUAUUGAGGAUUGUGUCUGGCUUUGGACUGAGUAAAGAGUACAGGCUUGGUUUGGAAAGAUUGAUUGGUGGAAUGCUUGAUGAAGCAACAUUGGAUGACUUGCUAGUGUCUGGGCAUGACAGGGGUGUUUAUGAUGUCAAUCUUGUGAUAAGAUUGAUAAGAGUGUUUGUUAAAAGUGAUGGAGUGUCAGUGCAGAAGUUGAAGAUAGCCGGGAGAUUGAUUGAUAAGUACUUGGGUGAAAUAUCCCCUGAUCAGAAUCUCAAGAUUUCUAAAUUUUUGGGAGUUGCAGAGAGUUUACCUGAUUCUGCCAGGGAUUGCUUUGAUGGGGCCUACAGAGCCAUUGAUAUCUAUCUUGAGUCUCAUCCUAGUCUUUCAUUUGAGGAGCGGUCAAGAUUAUGCAGAUGCCUAAACUAUGAAAAGCUGAGCCUUGGAGCAUGUAAAGAGCUUGCCAAGAAUCCAAAAAUCCCACCAAGGGUUGCCAUGCAAGCCCUUAUGUCUCAACAAUCCAAAAUAACACCACCAACACCAAAACCAAAACAACAAUGUGUAAAUUAUGAAAGGGUUGUGUACAAUGGUGAUGCUGAUGAUGAAGAGAGCUUAGCGGAAGAAGGGAAGAUGGAAGAAACACUAAACUUGCAGAGGAUGCAAUGGAGGGUGGUGGAGUUAGAGAAACUGUGCAGGCAAAUGAAGGGGCAGAUGUCAAGGAUGGUGAAGCAUAAUCAUGUUUUGGCUACCCCAACUCAUGCUAGACCGCUGCCUAGACUUUGUUGAUUAAUCAAUUUUUCUUCUAGGAGCUCCAUUAAAAAUAUACGGUUAAAUAUUAUUGUAAAAGAUUGUUAUAUUUUCAGUGCGUAUUCUCUCCUCCUUUUAUUUUUCCUUGGAGAUGAAAAUGUAAUUGGGGGAUUGCUUGUAAAUAUCAAAAUUAGAUAUCAUUUAA